CAAAGACAGAUGCUAGAUGUUUUGAUGACUUUGACACAUUUUUAAAUUUUAAAAUCAAUAGGUUUAAACAAGAAAUCAAGUUUAAGUUUCAUGAAAGUAUUAUUGUUGAAAGAAGUAUGGCAGGUAGAGGUAGAGGUAGAGGCAGUACAUCGUCUCUAACUCAUGAACAGUUACAAGCACUAGGAAUAGCCCGCGGGGACAACACGACGCAAGUCCUCGCGCCACCGCCUCUGUUCCCGAAACUCGAGGCUAAACCUCUACCGUUGAUUUGCGACGCCGCGACCGACUACAUGGUGAUUGUGAGAGACCAGUUCAUAGAAUAUUUACAUGAGUCCCCCGCGUUUGUCAAAGCUAACACACGCACUGACGGUAUCGAACGGUACUCCGAUAAGUAUAAGCUUCUUGCUCUUGACGCGAAGAAGGGUAAGAUAUUAAAUUGUAUAUGGGACAAUAUGCCGCUAGAACUGAGGCCACACGCGGGCCGAGUACGUACUACGGCGCGGAAAAGAAAACUAGAUGACCCAAGCGAAAUAGCAAAGAGGUUACAAACUUUGGAAAAGAAAGAAUCGCAAGAAGGUGAUGUCAUGGACGUAGAUGCGACUGAAAGUAAUAUAAAAAAAGAAAAUGAGGACAAUGACGAAGAACUGGAGGAUGAACAGGAGCAAGAGGAAGAAAUUGAUGAUGGGACAGAUUAUGCUAACAACUACUUUGAUAAUGGGGAAGAUUAUGAGGACGAGGAGGGGGAUGAUGAUGGGCCAGUCUAUUAGCUGCAAUAUAAACACAAGCUACUGUUACAAAUCUGUGAUAUUAAUAUUAAAACUGAGUAACAUGAAAA